AUGUCCUUUCUCUGGCUUCUGGCUCACCGAAAUGUACUGGCUGCGUUGCUCUGCUGUGCCACAGCAAGCAAGCUGAGGAGAGUACCACAAGUCGAGGAGCUCGGGCUCCUGUGGCAACGUUGCGCCGCAGAAGGUGAUGAUUGCGCUUGUGGCAGUGGCCAUGUUCGCUUCGGUGAGGGGGACCGGUGGGUCGCCCUGCAGCUUGGUGCAAGAUCUGCCCCAGUGUCAUGCAAUAUCUCGAGCUUCGGAGAGGAUCCAGCUUUCAAUCGGAUGAAGGAGUGUUGGUGCGCUGUUCGGGCAAGCGAGAAUCUGCAACCUGCCCGUGUUGCCAUUGUCAUGCUUAGCCGACAUCCCCCAGACCUGAAGACCUGGAUCAGGUACCACCUUCAUCAUGAAGGGGUCGAACACAUCUUCGUAAGAGCUGAGGAUUCGCCGCAGAUCUCCGAAAGCGUCCAGCAGCUAUCAGCGCAGGACCAGGCGAAGGUCACGCUGUGGGCAACUCCAAGUCCAAGCUUACUUGGCCUAUCCUCGACGGACUCGCGCCCUGUGGACGACUACACCACUUUGCAGGCCAGGCAAACUGCCGCCAUGGCCAGAGCCAGGGAUGCCUGCAACCAGAUGGGGAUUGAUUGGCUCAUUCAUAUUGAUGACGACGAGCUGCUGUAUUCUCCGCAGAGCCGGAAGAUUGGGGAUCUGUUGGCUGCCGUGCCCUCAAACUUGGCACAGGCGGCAUGCAAGGGCUGA